AUGGACAGUGAUGAAAAGAAGUCACAAACUUAUCUACCUAGUAAUAGAUUAAGACAAUCAGGAUAUCUUAAGUAUGUAAGCUUAGUUAUUCUUACAAUACAAAAUGCAGCUCUUGGUCUUAGUAUGAGAUAUGCACGGACAAGAAAUGUUGUUAUGUUUUCAUCACCAGCAGCUGUUUUAAUGGCAGAAAUUGUUAAAUUAUUAAUAUGUAUUGUGCUCGUAAUAAAAGAGUCUGGUAAUAUAAAAAAAGGUUUACAAACAAUGUAUGCAACAGUUAUAUUAAAUAUAAAAGAUACUUUAAGAGUUUGUGUGCCAUCAUUUUUGUAUGUAAUCCAGAAUAAUCUGCUUUAUGUUUCUGCCUCUAAUUUGGACGCUGCAACAUAUCAGGUCACAUACCAAUUGAAACUUCUUACGACAGCUAUUUUUGCUGUUAUUGUAUUAAAAAGAAAACUUAAAAGAUGGCAAUGGUUCGCCCUAGGUUUAUUGGUUGGAGGGGUGGCACUUGUACAGUUAUCAUCUGCUGCUAAGGAAGCUAAACCCACAGCAAAUUUACAAGAACAAUCUAAAGUAAUAGGAUUUGGAGCAGCGCUAUCAGCAUGCGUUAUUUCCGGAUUUGCAGGAAUCUAUUUUGAAAAAGUCUUGAAGGAGUCUGAUAUAUCAGUUUGGAUGAGGAAUGUUCAGCUGAGUUUAUUGUCAUUACCCUUUGGUGCCAUAACAUAUCUCAUUGAAAGUCCUAUAAGGGAUUUAUUAAAAGGUUUCGAUGGUUUUGUUUGGUAUUUGGUAAUACUACAGGCAGCUGGCGGCUUAAUUGUAGCAGUUGUAGUCAAAUAUGCAGACAAUAUACUUAAGGGUUUUGCAACAUCAGUUGCAAUUAUUAUUUCAUGUGUUGCUUCAAUGUAUAUUUUUGAUUUCCAUUUGACUGUACGGUUUGCUCUAGGAACAAUUUUAGUUAUAAGCUCUAUAUUUUUGUAUGGAUAUGUUCCUAAAAAGAAAGAAACUCGAAAUCCUUUAAGUGUAUGA